GUUUGAUGCUGCCUCACUCCAGUGCAAGUCAAUAAAACUUUGUGCACUGACACACACAACUUCCAGCACCCGCCAGCGGGGCCAAAAUGGGAAUUAGCAAAGCUGCCUUUCUCUUUCUGUUCUUGCUCAGCUCAGUGAAAGGAGAUAUACUGGAUGACUAUCUAAGAACAGAUGGUGUUUGGAUACUAACUCGAAAUAAACAGUCUUACAAGACAAAUAGCGAAAAAGAAUGUGCAGAGAAAUGUGAAGCAGAAAGAAGUUUUAAUUGCAGGGCUUUCCUAUUCACCAGGAAAAAGCUGCAGUGUUUAACACUGGCUGAAAAUGCUAAAAUGUCAGUGAUGUUCGCCAGCAUGGAUGCAGUUCUUUAUGAAAAGAGAAUUUAUCUUCUAGAAUGUAAAAGAGGGAUUGGGAAGGACUACAGAGGAACAGAAGCCAAGACUUGGAGGGGUAUUCCAUGCCAGAAGUGGGCAGAAAAAAUACCCCACAAACCAAACUAUACACCUCAAAAACACCCUAAUGCGGGGCUGGAGGAAAACUAUUGCAGAAAUCCUGAUGGGGACGAAAAUGGACCCUGGUGUUACACAACAGAUCCUGCUACCAGAUAUGAUUACUGUAACAUCCCAGACUGUGAGGACCAGAUCACACACACUGGAGAAGGAACUACAGUGGAAUGCAUGCAGUGUAAUGGUGAGGACUACCAUGGAGAAGUGUCAAGAACAGAGUCUGGGCUUCAGUGCCAACACUGGGAUGCCCAAGAGCCUCAUAUGCAUGGAUUUACCCUGAAACACUACCCAGAAAAGGAUCUGAAGAUGAAUUAUUGCCGUAAUCCUGAUGGUGAACUUCGGCCCUGGUGUUUCACUACUAGCCCGACUAAACGCUGGGAAUAUUGCAAAAUUCCUCAUUGCACUACACGCCCACCAGUCUCUGACCCAGGCUCCCAGUGUCUUUCAGGGAAAGGAGAAGACUAUCGAGGGAGGAUAGCUGUCACUGAAUCAGGAAAUACUUGUCAACACUGGAACACACAGUUUCCUCACAAACAUGGGUGGAUUCCUGACAGAUAUCCCUGCAAGGGCUUAGAGGAAAACUACUGUAGAAACCCUGAUGGAGAGAAGAGGCCUUGGUGCUACACCAUCAACCGCAGCGUUAGAUGGGAAUAUUGCACAAUUCCUCCCUGUGAUGGGAGAGAACAAGAGAUUGCUGAUGUGCCCAUACAGGUUCCCCUGACAGAGGAGUGCUACCGAGGCAAAGGCCAGAGUUAUCGUGGCACAACUUCUAUCACUGCAUCAGGAAAAAAAUGCCAGGCCUGGAACUCCAUGUUCCCACACUGGCAUGAAAAAACCCCGGACAAAUUCCCAGAUGCGGAUUUGAGAGACAACUAUUGUAGAAAUCCAGAUGGUGACAACAGCCCAUGGUGUUUCACCACUGACCCCAACACUUUAUGGGAGUACUGCAAUCUCAAGAGGUGUGAUGAUCAUACACAGGAGCAGAUACCAAAUGAUUCCCCCGCAGUGAUGGCACAAGAUAUUAGCCUGACGACACCCACCACAUUUGCUUUUUCUGAAUAUGACUGUGGAAAAGUCCCAAUGAGGAAUGAGCGAGCCUGUGAGAAAUACAGCAUGUGCAAUGCAUCUCCAGGGUCUUGGCCCUGGCACAUCAGCCUCAGGACAAGUACCAACAUGCACCAUUGUGCUGGCACUCUAAUACAUCCACAGUGGGUCCUUACUGCAGCUCAGUGCUUGCAAGGGUCAACACACCCUUCUGCCUAUAGGGUGUUUCUUGGAACACAGAAUCUCAAUGCAACAGAGCCAUCUCUGCAAAUCCAGAUUGUUCAGAAAGUAUUAAAGGAACCAACUGGAGCAGACAUUGCUUUGCUGAAGUUGAACAGUCCUGUAACGAUUACUGACCGUGUAAAACCAGUUUGUUUGCCUGCAACCAGCCUGAUGGUAGAAAGAAAUGCUGUAUGUUUUCUAACUGCCUGGGGAAAAAAAAGAGGUACAAAUGCAGACAACAGAUUAAAAGAUGUUGAAUUCCCUGUGCUUGAAAAUGAAAUAUGUAAUCGGCCCGAAUUUAUGAAUGGAAGUGUCAAAAAUAAUGAAUUUUGUGGUGGAUUUACUUUUGGAGGCAUAGAUAACUGUGAGGCUGAAGUUGGAGGACCUCUGGUCUGCCAAGACAAGGACAGAUUUGUCCAAUAUGGAGUCACCUCUUGGGGACUGGACUGUACCCAGUCAUCAAAGCCUGUUUUUGUCCAAAUUCCUAGUUUUGUUUCUUGGAUUAAGAAUGCAAUGGCUUCCCACUGAAUCUGCAUACUGGGUAACUUUUCCGACACAAUCCCUGUGUCAGAAAUAACAUUCCAAGUAUGGUUUUAAAACUUGUUUUAAAAAUCAUGUAAUAAUUCAUAAGAAUCUUAAAUAAACACAUUAUUGGCUAAGCAUAAGUAGGUAUUGCGAAGCAAUAGGCAAUUUGACCAAUUGCUAUUGUCUGUCUGAGUAUUUGUGUUGUACUUGUGUAAGUCAAACAUGUUGCAUGUGGUAGCAGCUUGAAGGUUCCUACUUCACCCCUCUCUUUUGAGGUGUGCUCCAACUCAUGAAAGUUUCUCCUCUGUGUUCAAAUGCCUCCUGCAAUCAGCUGGCCCGUCUCUGUGUACAAGGUCUUUCCAGUGCAAGAAAAUUUAUUCCAAAUCAGGCCUGACCCUGUACCCAUCACUAGGAUCUGCUCCCCUUUCUGUAGCAGCUCCAAUCCAGCUGCUACCUUGGGUAAGAAAAGGGAAAGCUGGACUGUGCCUGUGCUGUCAGGAACUGGAUGAAAGUAUGGCAGAUCUGCUUCUUCUUGUAAUUAAUUCCACCUACUCUCACCACCCUAGCAACACUUUGUGCUGCGCUGUGCAAUCAGCUAACCUUCCUGGGUUAGGUGCUUGCAUGGAAAAAACAACUACCCAGUCCAGCGGGUGAAGGGGUGAGUUAAAUGGCAUUUGAUAUGGUUAACAUGUUUCAGAGGCACUUGCACAGAAAUCCAGCUCUCAAUUGUGACACCAGCAGUUCAGCCCUGACGAGUUCAGGAAUUAGGAAACGUCUCAGAGGGCAAGGAUGUCUCAGAGGGAUGGACAAGAGAAGCCAGGGUGCCACCGUGUGCCUUAUCAACCUUGGCAGCUCAUGUUCCUGCGCACCCUGCAGCAGGGAGAUGGAGAAAGAAAGGGUACCCACAGGUUAGUCAAGCCUCUCAGAACCUGAAACCUGAUCGGGGUGCCACCCAGAACAAUGGAAAAGGACUGCCACUGAAAACAUCAGGAAAGACUGGGUUUGUAUUUCAAGCGUUACUGCAGUGACCAAAGGAAAUUGCUGAGUGCGGCAUGUUCCAGCAGCAUCAAAAAUCAGCAGAAACACACCUAUCCCAAUAACUCCAAGGUAGUUUCAGAAUUUUUAGCUGUUGUUCCAAUUUUCUGUGUAUCAUUUAAAAACAUUCCACUUCCAAACAGAAAAUGUAUUGACCUAAUAGCAGAAGAAAUGUUCACUUCCUAUGGACCUGUAAUCUAAACAAGGAUUUCUGUAUUUUUUAAUCUUCCAGCUGAAUACCUGAUUUAAAGUAUAUUAUAAAUCUA